AAGCUGUGCUCUGAUUCGUCGACCCAUCGUGUGCUGGGUGGAGUCUAUAUAAACGCUCUCGGAGGAGAAUCAGCAGUUUCCAGGACUAUUCAGAGAACCUCGCCAUGUCUACACCAAACAAUUCUGAGUUGGAUUUGGAGCUGGGAGACUUACUGCAGGAGUUUAAUGAUGUUGUGAAGGAGUUGAGCUCUGAACACGUGCUGAGAGAUGCGAAGAGACACACAGGAGUCGGUGAUGGAGACGAUUCAGACUACUGUAGCGAGGCUUCGCUGGCGAACAGUUUGAAUGCCAGUCAAGAGGAGCUCCACAUCGCAAGCAUGACCUCGGCACCUAAAGCCAGGCUCGGGGACACCAGCGACCUACAGAGCUUCAUUGAAAACCUGGACAGAGAGCUAGCAGAGAUGUGAUCGCAGAGGACGGAGCACCUGAAGAAUCUCUGAAAUCAGGAAGUCCACGGCAAGGAAGCAGAGCUUACUGUGUCUUUCUCAUUCGUCACAAACUUCCAAGUUUCUCAGUAGAUGUUUUAUUUCAAUAAAUAAUUAUAUACAUGUUUUAUAUAAAAAAGCACAAUUUCGUUUAAGUUAUGAAGACUUGUUGAUAAAUAGCUAUUUUUUUAAA